CCGGCGUCCGGCGGCCAUGGAGGAUCUGGGCAUCGAGGCGAAGGAGGCGGCCGUGCGCGAGGUGGCGAAGCUGCUCCCGCUCCCGGACCUCCUCGCCUCCAUCGCCUCCAUCAAGUCCGACUACCUCGCGCGGCAGCAGACAAAUGAUACUCAACUCAGUACAAUGGUGGCAGAACAGGUUGAGCAAGCUCAUGCUGGUAUCAAUGCUCUUGCGGUAUCACAAGAAACAAUAAACAGUCUACGUGAGAACUUCAUAGAUAUUGAUAAGUUGUGUCAGGAGUGUCAAACGUUAAUUGAGAAUCAUGACAGGAUCAAGCUCCUUAGCAAUGCAAGAAACAACCUGAAUACAACUCUAAAGGAUGUGCAAGGUAUGAUGUCCAUUUCUGUUGAAGCAGCUGCAGCACGUGACUCCUUGAGUGAUGACAAAGAGUUAAUUCACACUUACGAGAGAUUAACAGCUCUUGAUGGAAAGCGGCGUUUUGCUUUAGCUGCUGCUGGAUCUCAUAAGGAAGAAGUUGGCCGAUUGAGAGAAUACUUUGAAGAUGUUGAUCGAUCUUGGGAAACAUUUGAAAAGACGUUAUGGGCACAUAUCACUAACUUUUUUAGACUUUCAAAAGAGAGCCCUCAGACGUUGGUCCGAGCUUUAAGGGUUGUUGAAAUGCAAGAGAUCAUAGACCAACAAGUUGCAGAGGAAGCAGCUGAGGCUGAGGGUGCGGGCGCUAUGGCUGCAAUAACAAACCAGCGUAGAACGACAAAAAAAGGUGCAGGGGCAGCAUCAACCCCAAGAAAUGGUGCCCAAGAGAAAUCAAAGAGCCAGGGAAAGGGCUACAAGGACAAAUGUUAUGAGUGCAUAGGGAAGGCUGUUGAGGACCGCUUCAGCAAAUUGCUCACUGAGCUCGUUUACUCAGAAGAUUUUAUGGAAGCUCUGGAGGAAGCUAAGGCAAUUGGUGAUGAGCUUGGCGAUAUCUAUGACUAUGUUGCACCAUGUUUCCCUCCUAGAUAUGAAAUUUUCCAGCUCCUUGUAAAUCUAUAUACCGAAAGGUUUGUUCAGAUGCUAAGACUUCUCAGUGAAAGAGCAAAUGAUAUUCAAAAUAUAAAUAUACUAAAGGUAACAGGUUGGAUUGUGCAGUAUCAAGAUAAUCUUAUUGGCCUUGGUGUGGACGAGUCUCUUGCCCAAGUUUGUUCAGAAAGUGGUGCAUUGGAUCCCCUCAUGAAUAUGUAUGUAGAGCGUAUGCAGGCAACAACUAAGAAAUGGUACACUAACAUUUUGGAGGCUGAUAAAACACAACCACCAAAGAGUACAGAAGAUGGAAAACUAUAUACACCUGCAGCUGUAGAUUUAUUCAGAAUAUUGACAGAGCAAGUGCAGAUAGUUAGAGAAAAUAGCACUGAUGUCAUGCUAUAUCGUAUUGCUCUUGCAGUUAUUCAGGUCAUGCUUGAUUUUCAAGCAGCUGAGAGGCAAAGACUUGAGGAGCCAGCUUCUGAUGUCGGUCUGGAAUGUCUGUGUGCUUUGAUUAACAACAACCUGCGUUGCUACGAACUUUCAUCAGAGCUAAGUAGCAGCACACUGGAAUCACUUCCAGAGAACUAUGCUGAACAGGUUAAUUUUGAAGACACUUGCAAAGGAUUUCUUGAGGUUGCCAAGGAGGCGGUCCUUCAGACUGUUGGUGUUAUUUUCGAAGACCCAGGUGUGCAGGAUUUGCUUGCAAAGGUUUACCAAAAAGACUGGAUGGAUGGAAUGGUGACUGAAUAUCUGGUUGCAACAUUUGCUGAUUAUUUUGGCGAUGUGAAACUAUAUAUUGAAGAAAGAUCAUUUCGAAGAUUUGUGGAGUCUUGCCUAGAGGAAACAAUAGUUAUAUAUGUUGAUCAUCUUCUCAGUCAGAAAAACUACAUAAAAGAAGAAACGGUUGAGAGGAUGAGGCUAGAUGAAGAAGUGCUUAUGGAUUUCUUCAGAGAGUACACUAAUGUGACGAAAGUUGAGAACAGAGUACGGAUUCUGGCUGAUCUAAGGGAGCUUGCGUCAGCUGAAAGUCUGGAUACUUUCACUCUCAUUUAUACAAAUAUUCUGGAACACCAACCAGAUUGCCCGUCUGAGGUGGUUGAGAAGCUUGUUGCAUUGCGGGAAGGAAUUCCACGGAAAGAAGCCAAGGAGGUAGUACAAGAAUGCAAGGAGAUAUACGAGAACUCCCUCGUAGAUGGCAAUCCUCCAAAGUCGGGAUUCGUGUUUGGCAAAUUGAAGUGCCUAACAGUACGGAAAGGCAUAUGGGGGAAGCUUGGACAGUGACAACGUGCUACUGAACAUACUAAAUUCACGUGCCAAGAAAGAUUUUGUUUUCUUUUUUGCUCAUUCUUUUGUUUGUCUUGUAAGCCUGUUGCCCAUGUGACGUGUGUAUGCCUUAGCAUGAGAAGAGCUGGAAUGUAUUGUUUCUACUAUUUGGUUAGCAAUUUUUUUGCUGUAAAGAUGAAUGUUUCGAAACUUCAUAUUUAUUCGUUGAAUAAAAUGGCUAGUAAUGUA